CGAAAAUCGCAAUGUCAGCUAAAAAUACUGCAUACAACCACAAGAUCUAUCUCGAGACCUUCAAGGACUGGAGGAUCUGGGAUAAGACCUUCCAGCUGAGGGUAAAUGCAGCCGGCCUCUGGGAUCUUGUUGAUCCUGAAGGAAAUCAACAGCCGAUGCAGGCCCCAGUAAAGCCGCUGAUUUCUUCCUAUUUCCGAAGAAUCCCUCCACAGCGGAUUGAGCCCGACCUUCCUCGACAGACCCGUCACUCUGACAGUCAGGGGUCUUAGA